AUGGAUGAACCAGUUGCCUCGCCGUCUACGUUGAAACUUGACGUCAUGGGUUCAUCAGCGUUGAACCCAAUUGUGUUGUCUCAGCAACCAACGCCUGCUACUAACAAGGCGUCUUUUGGAACUGAAGCUCGUCAAUCAUUUGAAAACCCUCGAGGAAAGGUAGUGGAUGUCUAUAACGACAAUUUAUUAUCAAUCCGUCAACCGAUAUCUGAGACCAAUAUUGUUUCUCAAGAGAAUUCUUACCGUGGCAAUAACCCAUUGAUCGAUUGCAAAUUCAGAGCUAGUGGGGGUUGUGGUACAUUCAAGGGAAAUUCAAGAAAUCCUAACGACAUCAUCAAACAUAUGUUCAAACGUCACUUCAAGUUUGACAAUCUAGUCGUGACUGAGAAGACUAAAGUCACGGAUAUGUUGAAACAGUUUGGCACUUGUAAGUGUGGGUACCACGGGGCGGCAGUCGCCUGGCUCAAUGACCACGUUUUGAAUGACCAAAGUCUAUGUCCAUUACUCUCAACGGCGGUUGAUUCAAAUAGAGCUGACGGUCGUACAACUAACGACGAACCAUGUACGACUGAUUCUAUGUCGAAGAAGAAAUCAUCUCUUUUUCCAACUUCAUCGAGGCUGAAAUUAAAAUCAAUGAAACUGAACGAGCAUACUCGACCCAAACGAUUGAUUAAUCGAUUGGUUCAAAGAUCAAAAAGGAAGGAAAAAAAUCAGUACGACUGGCCAAGAGCUUGUAACUUUCAAGCACUUGGAAAGUGUGGAAAGAUUUCGAAUAAAAUCAAAAACUGUUACAUUUUCAGAAAUCAUAUGUUCAACCGACACUUUACGUUUGAUGACGUGGACCUUCCCAACGACGAUUUGUAUUGGGAUGACUAUGGAACGUGUGAAUGCGGCUACCACGAUCAGGCAAAGACUUGGUGGUAUGAUCAUAUAUUGUCUGAAAAACAUCCAUGCCCUUUGACAACUGCGUCUAUCGAUCCGGAUGCACCAACUGCUGGCAAAUGUACUGUGUGUGGACGGAACUUUGAAGCAAACUUACAGCAACACAUCAAAUCUCAUCGUGACGACUGGCAGACGAAGUGUAAGUUUCAAGGAGAUGCAAACUGUGGUUUGUUUGAUGGCACAACUAACGACAAAGUACACAUGUUUAUGCGACAUUUCUUGUUUGACAACCUUCAGGACUCAUGGAAGGCCACACUAAGCGUAUUGUUCACUAGUUCUGGAAGGUGUAAAUGUGGCUUUCGCGGUACUGGGGAAGCCUGGAUCAAUGAGCAUGUUAUGGCACCAGACAAUCCAUGUCCAUUAGUGCCGUCUGCUUUUGCUCCACGCCCCAACACCUUGACUGAUGCGGUUUGCAAGGUCGGUGCUAAUUCAUCACUGGAAACAGGCAAGUCGUGUUGUCUGCAUACAAAUGAUUCAGAAUGCAGAAAUGCUAAACCACAUCAGCCUUCUUUAGGAUGGUUGGUUGGUUCAUGA